AUGGGACGCGGACGCCCUGCAGGAACGCAUACAAAGCAGUUGACGGAACCAGAACGUGAGAGGGUUCGUACCCUCUUCUUCGAAGGUUGCCGUACACAAAGAGAUAUCGAGAAAAUCACCGGAUUCCAUCGAUCCCAGAUCAAGCGGGCUAUCCGCGAUGGAUCUGCCGUUAAACAGCGCUCGGGAGCUCCCCCCAAAAUGACACCCGAGCAAGAACAACAGCUAAUUGCCUUCGUUACCAGUGGAAAGCGAUUUCGAUUCAUGUCGUGGCUUGAGCUUGCCCUUACGUUCCUCGGCGGGAUUUUUGGUGUUUACACCGUACGCUCGACCCUUCGUCGCCACGGGUUCAAGCGCUACGUGGCCCGAAAGAAGCCUCCGCUGUCGGACGAAGCCAAACGUCGACGAAAGGCUUGGGCAGAGCAGCACCAACACUGGACGAUCGAGCAAUGGUCCCAGAUUCUGUGGACCGACGAAACCUGGAUAACUGGAGGCCGCCAUCGCAAGGCGUACGUAACGCGACGAGCCGACGAAGCCCAUCACGAGGACUGUAUCUUGGAGAAACGGCAACGCAAGCAGGGUUGGAUGUUUUGGGGCUGUUUCUCGGGGGCAACCGGUAAGGGCCCGUGUUUGUUUUGGGAGAAGGACUGGGGCACGAUUACGAGCGAGACGUAUCGAGCUCACACCGUCCCUUUGAUCGAUGGAUGGAUACGACUCUGCCGCCGUGAUUCCCGUAGGAAUCUGGUGUUAAUACAGGACGGUGCGAAAGCCCAUUCGUGCUACGAUACGAGAGAGGAUCUCCAGGACCGUGGUGUUUUUAUUAUUGACUGGCCCCCUUAUUCACCGGAUCUGAACCCUAUCGAGGCUGUAUGGAAUAAAAUGAAGGACUACAUCGAAGAAAACUACUGGUACGACGAGAAUCCGUCGUACGAUCGGCUUCGUCGCUACGUUCGAGAGGCGUGGGAUUCAAUUACGGAGGAUUAUCUACGGGAACUGCUUGCGACGAUGCCGCAGCGCUGUCAAGAUGUGAUCGCCGCUGAGGGUGGUGCAACGCACUGGUGA